AACAAAAGCAAGCUUCGUUUUUCCGUUUUUCUUUUUUGGCCCUUUAUGAAAAUAAAAACUGUCCUCAAGAUGAGCAAAUCAAAGCGUUCUAGCAAUCAUCAAUCUAUCCGAGUAGCGAAAUCUCUUUAUCCUUCCAGCCAAAGAUAUAGAUCCAAUCCAUAUAGUAUAUUUGCCAAAAAAGGAAAUGCAGUUACAUUGAUUCGCUUUUAUGCAGGACACGAGUGCCUAUGGAAUCGUGAGAGCGAAGACUACUUUAACCAAAACAAGAAACAAGCUCUUUGGGAAUGGAUUGCUCGACAAUUUGGCGGAAAACUGACCAGACACCAGGUGGAAUAUGAGGCAAAGUUUCUACACAAACAAGCUUUGCAGGAACUAAAUAGGAUACAUAGAUGUCAGGAAAACGGAUUGCCCGGAAAAUCUAACUUUGACCUUCUGAAUGAAUUCUGGUUCCUUAUGCCAAAUGCACAGUUGAAGGAGAGCUGUUUAGGAUUUUGUCAAAGUACGGCGGAAAAUAAUCUCCAAACCAAAAACAACACACAGGGCGAGGAUGAUUUAACGGUAUUUUGCAAUAGACUAAGGGAAGAACUUUCUCAACUUCCGUCAUAUAUUCGUUUGCAUACCCAAAAGAAGAUCCUUUUGAUAAUGCAAAGGUCAAAAGGAGGAGUUGAUCGUGAUUAUCAGACCGUACCGGAUCAAAUAGUUCCUGAACCUUCAAAAAAAUUUGUUAGCUGGAACUUGGCAUCGAAUUUAUGAAGCUCGCUGACUAGUUGGCAAAGUAUAUCCUGUCAAAAUUAAUUAUGUAAAACAAUGUCCCACUCUAGUUUCAUGGGCAGCAUGAAGAAGAACUACAACAGUCUGAUCCAUAUAUUCUCAAAAUCCGAUUCCGACACUGAGAGAAUCCCUCAGAGACCCAAUGCAUUCAAUGUGAAGUUGAAUCGAAGGCUCAAAUUUCCUUUCCUGCUCGCACAAAAGGAAGUGGUGUCUCAAUUGAUAGACCUUUAUCGCCAGAACGAAUGUCUAUGGAAUCCAAACUGUCCGGAUUAUAAGAGCGCAGAGUAUCAGGAGCAAGUCUGGCGCAAUAUAGCCAUGGCAAUAGAUGUCAACAUGCCAGUGGUUGAGGUGAAGCGGAAGGUGCAAGUUCUAAGAAAUAAGUGGGAAGCUUUAAAGGAGUCUCCGUUGCCCAAAAUGCUGCAUUUUCCGGAUUUCGCGUUUUUAACGGAUGAAAGCAAUGGACAAAAGGAUCGCAUGGGAUCUGGCAGUGAUAAAACAAACUCUGAAUCUAAAAUAUUGGUCUUAACUGAAAACCAGGAGCUGGAACAUAAUAAUAAGGCCCAGCACAUUGCCAAUCUGUGUGAGGUAAUUCGGAUUGACUUGGAGCAGUUCAGUGAUGAAUUGUUUUUCGAGGCCAAGUGGAAAAUCCUUGAUGUCUUGCGGGACACACAACUAAAACAAUUGCGUUUAUUUCGCGACAACGAAGGGACAAAUGCAGAUGACUCAAAUACAAGCAGCCUAUAAAAAUUCAACCCAAAUAAAGUAAUCCGACUGAUGCAAACUGAUUAA